CCGCGGAAUCGCACGCAACCGGUCCUUUUGCCACAUCGAUCUUACGGGCGAGGAAGAGCUGGUCGCUCUCCUGAAUCCGACGCCAUCCUCCUUGGAGCUUAACUUGGCAUCCAAUUCGCAGUCAUGCCGCCCAAGUUCGACCCCAACGAGAUCAAAGUCGUUUUCUUAAGGUGCACUGGGGGCGAAGUUGGUGCCACUUCAGCUCUGGCUCCAAAAAUUGGGCCACUGGGUUUGUCUCCCAAAAAGGUGGGUGAUGACAUUGCCAAGGCUACCGGCGACUGGAAGGGCCUGAGGAUCACGGUUAAGCUGACCAUCCAGAACAGGCAAGCUCAGAUCGAGGUGGUCCCAUCAGCCUCUGCCUUGAUCAUCAAAGCUCUGAAGGAGCCUCCCCGUGAUCGCAAAAAGCAGAAAAACAUUAAGCACAGCGGCAAUGUCAGCUUUGAGGAGAUUGUGAACAUUGCCCGGCAGAUGCGGCACCGAUCCUUGGCCCGGGAACUCUCAGGAACCAUUAAGGAGAUCUUAGGAACAGCCCAGUCUGUUGGCUGCAAUAUCGAUGGGCGACACCCUCACGAUGUAAUCGAUGACAUCAAUAGUGGUGCAGUUGAAUGUCCUCCAAGCUAAGGCUGCUACCUGAAUGGACAUGAUGCAACUUAAGCAAGUUCUGUAUGGUGUAUGGUGAAUAUUGGUAAUAAAUGCAGUUUCACACUU